UAGUAAAACCUUCAAAUUGCGCGCUUUCUUGAUCAAAUUAGCCAGAAUAAAUCAGAUUUUUACAGCUCAGCUCCCUUAUAAGCUCUUUUCAGUCUAAAGAAUAACUCCGAACAAUGAACUACAUCGUGUUGAUUUGCAUUUUUUCAUACAUUUGCCUCUGGCGAUUCACAGAAGCCGCUCCAUUCAUAAGCAUUCAAUCCAGUUCAAGAUCGAAGUCUAACAAAAUGGUGGGCGGAUAUAUGAGAACGGUUUACGACUACAAAAUUCAGGACAAUGUGAACGAUUCCACUGGACGAUUGAUUCACAGCCGGACGGCAGAUUUUAAAUCGGAUUUCUUGAGUCCGAUGGAGCAACAGAAUAUACGCAAUCAACUGAUCAUCUCGUAAAAAUACAGUCUCUGGCAUUUCAAUAUUAAAAUAUAUUAGCAAGGAGGUAUUUUGUAUACACUAUGGUCAAGGAAACAAUAACAAUAAAACAAUAAAAAUUUAACGAAAGGCCCCUUAAAAGGAAAACAA